GAACUGCAUAAUUAGCGGUACUUCGAAUGGUGUUAGAAUCAAAACUUGGCCAAACUCUUAUCCUGGCGUUGCAUCAUAUAUGGCUUUUGAAGAUAUCACCGUAAAAAAUGUUGAGAGCCCAAUCAUCGUUGACCAGAAAUAUUGUCCAUGGAAUAAAUGCAAUUUGAAGGAAGAAUCAAAAGUUAAACUAAGCAGCAUUAGUUUCAAUAACAUUCAUGGAACAUCUUCACUUCCAGAAGCUGUAACAAUUAUUUGCAGUGCUGCAUUCCCAUGCCAAAACGUGGAACUCAACGACAUUGACAUUACAUAUAGUGGAGGAGAAGCGGUAUCCUUAUGUAAAAAUGUUAAACCUAAAAUUGCUGGCAAACAAAUCCUCCUGCAUGUUCUGCCACCGAAGCAGAAGGCUCUAGACCCAUCAGAAAGGUCAAGAAGUAAUUCAUUUUAUGUAAACAAAUUUAUUUCAUUAUGA